AUGACGUCAUCAUUGUUCCCGGCUAAUCGUACGGAUCAGUUGAAUGUGUUAAAGGAUCAACAAAACGUAAUGAAGAUUGGUUUUUCCGGAUUACCAACAAUCAACAUCAACAGCAACAACAACGUCAACAUCAACAACAACAUCAACAACAGCAUCAACAACAACAACAUCAACAAACAUCAAAACAAUCGCAAUGGUAGCAGAUAUAGACAGAGUAGACGGAGCGUCGGUAUCGAACCGACGAAUAACGAUACUACUUCCGGGGACAAUCCAAUGAUUGAAAAUUAUAACGAAUUGGUAAUUAUACCGAGUCUGACAACGACGAUAAGUAUCGAGCACCAUUUCCUGACCGAUUAUACCGACGUUUCGAUUGAAAACCUGAACGAAAACGCUACUUCCGUUAACGAUAUUGCAAAAAAAUUUCCACGAAUUAAAAAUUUAAUUAUCAAAAAUGGCAAAAUAAAUUAUAUAAUUAAUAAUAAUAACAAUAAUAAUAAUAAUAAUAAUAAUUUUGACAACGAUGACGAAACAGAAGUGAGACCGAGUACAAUUCGAUCAAUUAUACUAUCGAAUAAUUCUAUAUCGGUUCUGGAACCGCUAUCAUUCGUAGGCGGCUGCAGUAAGGGUGGUAGCAGCAGCAGCAAUAGUAGUAGCAGCAGUAGUAGUAACGACGUCACUGGCCGUCUAGCCAGCGUUGAAAUCAUCGACUUGUCAAACAAUAAUUUAGAUGAGAUUAUCGACUUCACUUUCGUUGAUUUAUUUCAGCUGAAGAUGCUUAAUCUAUCGAGAAAUCGCUUGGUCGGUAUACAAGGAUCGGCCUUUUAUUCAUCUGUAACGACCGAUUACACCAAUGAUGAUGGUGAUGAAGUUGAAGAAGAAGAAGAUGAAGAAGAUGAUAAUGAUGAUGAUGGUGAUGACGAUGACGAAUAUGACCCGGAUCAAAUCGAUCUGAAGUACGGUAUAGAUGAUGGCGGUGAUGAUGAUGAUGAUUAUGACGGUACUGAUGAUGAUGAUGACGGUACCGACACCGAUAAUGAUAAUGAGGGUAGCGAUGAUAAUGAUACCCAUCGUGAUGAUGAUGAUGAGGAGGACGAUGAUCGUGCAAACAAAAACAACAACAACAACAACAAAAAUAACAUAGAUAAUAAUAACAAUAAUAAUAAUGAUGAUGAUGAGGAUGAUAAUGAGGAUGAUGAUGAUGGGGGUGAUGAUAAUGAUGAUGACAGCCAUCUAUCGAGGAUGAAAAACCUGGACAUCAAUUACGGAGAUUAUCAUUCACACGGUGAUACCGUACAAAUCGAUGGCAAUAAGACUCGGAAACCGAAUGACGAUGAUCCGCGAAUAUUUGCUGUCAAUUUGACGCUCGAUACAAAUACCGAGUCGAAUCACGAUACAAAUACCGAGACGAAUUAUGAUACAAAUACCGAGACGAAUACUGAUACAAAUACCGAGACGAAUACUGAUACAAAUAACGAGACAAAUCAUGAUACGAGUAUCAAUACAAGGAUCGACGAUAUUGAUACAUCUCGGCGUAGUACAAGUUUUAUUGACGAUGAUGCGGACAAAAGUAAAAACAAGAAAACGAACGAAAGUAUGAACAAAAAGAAGGUGAACAAUGAAAAUGUGAACAACAAAAAUGACAACAACAAAAAAGUCCAAAACCCAAGACCCUGGCCAGAACUACAAACACUCGAUCUCAGUUACAACAAACUCGCCGAGAUCAAAGCUCCCGUGUUCAAAUACACGCUCAGCCGAAUAAAAAACCUGAAUCUCUCAAACAAUCAACUCACAAAAUUAAACAAAGAAUGGUUUAAACACCUUAAAAAUCUUCGUAAACUCGACUGCACUAAUAACAAAAUAACGCAAAUCGAAACUUGGGUUUUCCCAUUACGAAACUGGGGUUUUCCAGGUUUAAAUAUGAAACUCCAAACAUUGAACUUCCCUCUUAGAAAAACCCCAUUUAAAUCUUCCGUCUCAGUCAAUGUAAUAAUUUCCGAUGCCAAUGUGUUGGUACGAGGGCUCAGUGAAAGUGUGCAUUCAGAAAGCGAAACAAGCGAAAAACCCCAACUGGACGUUAUACUGACCAGCGUACGACGUCAUAAAAAUAGUAAUAAUAAUAAUAACAAUAACAACAACAAUAAUAAUAGUAAUAACAGCAAUAAUAAUAAUGAUAAUAACAUCAUCAACAAGUUAGAAACAAUUGCAUAUGUUUUAAGAUUAUUCGGUGUCGUAAAUACUCCAGACGUAUUUACAAACCGUUACAACAACAACAACAACAACACUAAUAACAGUAACAAUAAUAAUAAGGAAGAGAUUAUUGUCAUAGAAAAAAUAAGCGAAGACUUUGCAGCAAAUAAGAAUGCUAUUUUUAACUCUGGGGACUUCACAGACAUCAACAACAUCAACAACAACAACAUCAAAACCGUCAUCCCAGACAACAACAUCAACUAUAACGUAAACAUAAGCAGACAAAAUACAGAAGAUUAUAAAUACGAGAAGAUUGAUAUGGUUAGGACCACAGAACAAACAAUUGCUCGGGAGAUGCCAUUAUAUAUCUAUGUUGAUUUAUGCGCGGGUCUGGGCGAUAAUACCGACGAUUACGAUUAUAUUAAAUACAAUAAUGCGAAUAACAACAACAACAACAACAAUAGUAAUGAUAAUAAUAAUAAUAAAACUGUUUAUUAUUAUUACGAUAACUUUGACGACGGUGAUGAUGAUGAUGGUGGUGGUGAUGAUGAUCAUGAUGAUGGUGGUGGUGAUGAUGGUGGUAGCUAUAACGAUGUUGAUAAUGAUGAUUCAACAAACAGCAGCAACAACAACAACAACAACAUUAAUAAUAAUAAUAAUAGCUAUAACAACAAAAGCGAGGAAAAAUCUGAGAGAACCGCCAACAUGCAGGUCCUAAUAAAUCUAUAUUGCUCGCAGUUAAAUGGCAAGACUCCGAGACCCAGAGUAAGAUCUAGCGGCCAUAAUAAUAAUAACAACGACAAUAAUAAUAACAACAACAACAACAACAACAAUAAUAAUAAUAAUAAUGAUGAUAAUAAUAAGCUAGGGAGCAGCGAAGGCGGUAGCAUCACCUUCACAAACAACAAAAAUAUCGAAUCGGUCAUUCGGUAUUCGGUUCAACUCGACUUGUCGCAUAAUCACAUCUCCAAAGUCGAUUUCGACUUAUUACGAGCGCUCUACCCUGGGCUCGAGUCUUUAUACUUGCACGAUAAUUCGAUACAUCGCAUCUCAGUGGCUGACGUGCAGAAAAUGAAAAGUUUAAAUGCUUUAACUCUUCGAAUGAACCCUCUAGAAUGUUCUUGCACUAAAAGUGUUUACAAAUCUAUUAGACAGUUUAAAAGAAGUUUCAAUAAAAUGAAGGGCGAUUUUUCUGAAUGGAAAUGUGCCAGUGGUCAAUCGGUAUCCGAAUUUAUUCGUCGGUUCAACGAUCAUUGUCCUAAUUUUACGCUGAGAAAAAAUUACCAUUAUGGCAGAAAAAUGAAUAAAAUGUCUUCAUCAUCAUCUUCAUCAUCUUCAUCCUCAUCGUCGUCAUCACAGAACAGUGAUGCUCUGUUUUAUUACAACUUCGACGAUCAAACGAAUAUACGGUUAACAGAGAAUUGGAUAGUACCGGAGCGAUAUAACCGAGUUAAUAACAUCACGGAAAUCAUCGGUAUCGGAAGUAACAACAACAACAACAACAACAACAAUAGUACGAUGUUGAAGCUUUUGUUGAGCGAUUCGACAUUCGGCGAAUAUUCGUCUGAGAUUAGUUUACCAAUUUUUAUUGCCUGCUUAUCGAUAACUGGAUUUCUAGCAGUGGCAUUCCUAUAUUUUAAAGUUAUUAAAAUAAAGAAUAAAACGGCUCUAAAAUCUAAAAGCUUCCAGGCCGGCAGGAAUGCUACCAAUACCGAAAUAUUCAAGCACGUACCGACGGCUCGAGUGCCGCCGCCAUUAUCAUCACCACCAGGGAAGAUAAUGAUAUCAAAUGAUAUCUUUGUAUCAUACAGCGAGGACGACGAGAACUGGGUUGCAGGGGUUUUGUUGGAUAUACUUUGGUCGAAAUACCCAACAUACAAGAUAAGCUUACAACAACAUCUGCAAGAUUCGAAUACCGGUAUUAUUGGUAUUGAUAAUACCGGUUAUAUUGGUAUUGGUAUCGAUAAUAGCGAUAGCUGGACUGAUAGAUCGAAGUUUAUACCGAAAUCGAAGAAGAAGAGGAAGAUAAUGACGAUGAAAAAUUUCUUUCUCAAAUGCGACUCUGUAGUUGGUGACGAUGAUGAAGAUAAUGAAGAUGAUGGAGAUGAUGGCAAUUGUGAUGAAGUGUUUCGACAGAUAUCGGCCAGUCAGUUGACCAUUGUUGUCUUGUCCGAAUCAUAUCUACAGAAAAAUUUGUCAAUCCCUAAGCACAAUUGCAACUACAGCAUCAACAAGGACUUCAACAGCAACAACAUCAACAACAACAUCAACAUCAACAGCAUCAACAACAGCAACAACAAACUCCGCAAAACACUUCUAAACAUUCUAGAAUACCAAAGACACAAAAUAAUUUUCAUAACACGUGACUCGUGGCUAAAUUUAGAGCAUAGAGAUCUGAAUUUUUUCUCGAUGGUUUGCGAAAAGGUCUGCUUAGCCAGUGGCGAGAUGACGUUCAGCAACAGCUUGCAAGCCCUUCUGCCUCCGCCCAUCUCCUUCCAGUUGAAUUUCAUUAAAAGUGAAGUUAACUCCAAAAAGAAAAAAGAAGAAGAAAAAGAAGAAGAAGAGAAAGAAGAAGAUGAUGAUGAUGAAGAAAAAGAUGAUGCUGAAGAAGACGAAGAAGAAGAAGAUGAUGAAAACGAUGAAGAUGAAGAAGAAAAAGAAGAAUAUUUAAUAAUUUAUUUAUGA